AUGGGAGGCGGAGGCGAAAGAUCACCACUGAUGUACCAUGGCAAUGUUGAAGCGCGGGACAAGUACAGCAGCAAUGGAACAGGUGUCCUGGAGACUGGUCACGACUACUACCAUCCACAGACCGGGAAUGCUAAAAUAACUGGUGGCGACGUCGAACGGCCAAAAUACAAAGCAAGAUGGCCCAUAACUGUGGAACCUUACUUGUUCCUUUAUUGUUUCUCUUUGUGUGGUGUGGUGCCUUUGCAAAUUCAGUACAUUUAUUUGAAGGUCGCUGAAGAAAAGGGCUAUGAUCCAGAAGGUAACAGUUCUAGCCAGGCACCCUGUGCUGACGUCAACAAAUCCAGUCUGGAUAACAUUUUGCAGCAGCAGGUACAGGCCGAAUCCUCAAACUGGAGCAUGUAUUUUUCCAUAUGCUCCACAGUCACGUCCGUUUUCAUGACAGUUUUUUACGGCGCCCACAGCGACAAGGGCGGCAGGAGACUUUCCCUUCUCCUUCCAAUAAUCGGCAGUCUUAUAAAACUAGUUGGCUACGUCAUAGGUAUUUAUUUCAAAUGGCCUCUUUGGGCACUGCUACCAAUAUCUUUCAUAGAAGGUUUAUUUGGACUGGAUGCUACUGCGUUAAUGGCUGCCUUCGCUUACCUCGCAGACAUUUCUACAUCCAAAAACAAGGCGGUAAGAAUCUUCAUUGCAGAGUCAUCCAUCAUAUUUGCAGCCGCCGUUUCGAAUAUGAGUGUUGGAAUAUUGAUCAAAACAUUUCCAACCUUUGUCGAACCUGCAGCGAUGUUAGUGGGAAUUAUGCUGUUAGCUCUCUUAUACACUAUAGCAUUCCUACCGGAACUUGGGGAGAAAGAUCCCUCGGCAAAAUUAAUCGACUGCUCAAAUGCUUUAAAAGUCGGGAAACUUUUCCUUCAUGGAGCAGAUGAAAAAGGUACUGGGCGGGUAUGGAAACUGCGACUUCUUUUGCUGGUGUUUUUAUUUUGUGCUAUACCAGUACUUUCCGCGGGCAGUUUGGAUAUACUGUACGUAAUGAACUCACCAUUCUGCUGGGAUAGUGAACAUAUUGGCUACUAUAAUGCUGUUAGCUUCAUAGGAUACGAGGUAUGUGCAUUGGCAGGGCUAUUCGCCAUGCGCAGUUGGAUAAAAAUGUCGGAAGUCACCGUUGCCAUGGUUUCCUGUAUAAGCACAUUGGGUGCAAGAAUUAUGUUAGCCUUGGCGCAGACAGAUACCUUCAUUUACAUUGAGACCGCUGUCGGGUGUCUUUUCAUGCUGGCUGUACCCAUGUUAAGAACAGUGCUGUCGAAACAAGUAACAAAUCAAGAACAAGGUGCGCUGUUCGCCAGUAUAUCGUUCAUGGAGAACGCAGGUGGUCUCAUUGGGAGCGUAGUACUUAGUAGUAUAUACUCAGGAACGGUGGAGUGGUUCCGAGGAUUCUAUAUACAGCUACAGAAUUCGCGGUUCUGGGCUCAAAAUGUUCGGAAGACAGGUGUGACAGGGAUGGUAAUCCUAGGAAUGGAAGUCUGGGCUCCCAUAUAA